CUUCUUUGGGCCUCAUAAACAACCACAGAACCACAAGUUGGGUAGCCUGGCAGAGUCAGAAGUCUGAGCCCGGCAUAGUGGUCAGCAGGCAGGACGAAUCACACUGAAUGCAAACCACAAGGUUCCACAGAGUGGUAAAUCAUUGAAUCCCCCGCCUUCAGAAGAGGGUACAUUUUCAGAAGGAAGCGAUGGCUUCAGACAGCAUAUUUGAGUCAUUUCCUUCGUACCCACAGUGCUUCAUGAGAGAAUGCAUACAUGGAAUGAAUCCUUCUAGAGAUAUUCACGAUGCCAGCACGAGCCGCCGCUUCACGCCGCCUUCCACCGCGCUGAGCCCAGGCAAGAUGAGCGAGGCGCUGCCGCUGGGCGCCCCGGACGCCGGCGCCGCCCUGGCCGGCAAGCUGAGGAGCGGCGACCGCAGCAUGGUGGAGGUGCUAGCCGACCACCCGGGCGAGCUGGUGCGCACCGACAGCCCCAACUUCCUCUGUUCUGUGCUGCCCACGCACUGGCGCUGCAACAAGACGCUGCCCAUCGCUUUCAAGGUGGUGGCUCUGGGGGAUGUUCCAGAUGGCACCCUGGUCACUGUGAUGGCUGGCAAUGAUGAAAACUACUCGGCUGAGCUUAGAAAUGCAACCGCAGCCAUGAAGAACCAAGUCGCAAGAUUCAAUGACCUCAGGUUUGUCGGUCGGAGUGGAAGAGGGAAGAGCUUCACUCUGACCAUCACCGUGUUCACAAACCCACCGCAAGUAGCCACCUACCACAGAGCCAUCAAAAUCACAGUGGACGGACCCCGGGAACCCCGAAGACAUCGUCAGAAACUAGAUGAUCAGACCAAGCCCGGGAGCUUGUCCUUUUCUGAGCGGCUCAGUGAACUGGAGCAGCUGCGGCGCACGGCCAUGAGGGUCAGCCCGCACCACCCAGCCCCCACGCCCACCCCUCGGGCCUCCUUGAACCACUCCACUGCCUUUAACCCUCAGCCUCAGAGCCAGAUGCAGGAUACAAGGCAGAUUCAGCCGUCCCCACCGUGGUCCUACGACCAGUCCUACCAGUACCUGGGAUCGAUUGCCUCUCCUUCUGUACACCCAGCAACGCCUAUUUCGCCUGGACGUGCCAGUGGCAUGACAAGUCUCUCUGCAGAACUUUCCAGUCGACUCUCAACGGCCCCGGACUUGACGGCCUUCGGCGACCCGCGCCAGUUCCCCGCGCUUCCCUCCAUCUCAGACCCUCGCAUGCACUACCCCGGCGCCUUCACCUACUCCCCGACGCCCGUCACGUCGGGCAUCGGCAUCGGCAUGUCGGCCAUGGGCUCGGCCACGCGCUACCACACGUACCUGCCGCCGCCCUACCCCGGCUCGUCGCAGGCGCAGGGCGGCCCGUUCCAGGCCAGCUCGCCGUCCUACCACCUGUACUACGGCGCCUCGGCCGGCUCCUACCAGUUCUCCAUGGUGGGCGGCGAGCGCUCGCCGCCGCGCAUCCUGCCACCCUGCACCAACGCCUCCACGGGCUCGGCGCUGCUCAACCCCAGCCUCCCGAACCAGAGCGAGGUGGUGGAGGCCGAGGGCAGCCACAGCAACUCGCCCACCAACAUGGCCCCGGCCGCGCGCCUGGAGGAGGCCGUGUGGCGGCCCUACUGAGCGCGGGCUGCGCAGCCAGCCCUGCGCCACGUGGGCGCGUCGCCCGGCCCGCAGGAAGUUCCCGGAGGGAAACUGUGAAUGCUUCUGAUUUAGCAAUGCUGUGAAUAAAAGAAAGAUUUUAUACCCGUGACUUAACUUUUUAACCAAGUUGUGUAUUCCAAAGUGUGGAAUUUUGGUUGCGGGGGGGCAGGGAGGACGCAAUUCACCCUGUUUGGCCUCUUUGAUUCUUAUUUCUAAUUUUCUUUUCCGCACCUUAUAAAUUGCAAAAUGCAAAUUUGCAUUUGGGUGGUUUUUAUUUUUACAGACAUAUAUAUGAAUUUGAGCUUGCUUCUUUCUUGCUUUGACAAUUGAAAGAAAUGAUUCCCUUUUCUGUAAGUUUUAUUUAACUUUUCUUUUGGACUUUUGGGUAGAAUUUUUGUUUUUGAGAGACAGCUACAGCUUUGGGUCAUUUUUUAACUACUGUAUUCCCACAAGGAAUCCCUAGAUAUUUAUGUAUCUUGAUGUUCAGACAUUUGCUUAUGUGUUGAUACUUUUUUUAACUAUUUAAGUGUACUUAUAUUAAGAAAAAUAUCAAGUACUACAUUUUUUUAUAGUAGCCAAAGUUAAAUGUAUCACAUUGAAGAAGGCUGGAAAAAAAGAGUGGGUAAUGUGAUUGCUUGGUUAUCUAGAAAUAUUGUUUACAUUAAACUCCCUUUCAUGUUAAUCAAACAAGUUGGUAGCUAAUGCAGCAAUGUUUUAAAUAGAACACUGAGGAUCACCCAAACAUCAGAAGUAUGACAUUUUCUGCUAGGCUCAACACAGGGUCUCAUAUCUGGCUCCCUCUUUUCAGAGGUUAAAUCUGGUCCUGUAGGUGCUAAUGAUUACACCUAUGAAGAGAAUUUAUUUCUGCCUGGGGUUAUACUCACUCCAUGGCCUUCUGAGAAUUUCAGACAUUUUUUUGUAACAGAACAUAUCCAAACUAACCUGUAUGAAGGAGCAGUAUUUACUUAGGAACCAAAUGAUUGAACUUAGCAUUUUCUUACCUACUCAAUUCUGGAGUAGCAAGAAAAGAUUUCUUUUUGAUAUAGUACCCAUUUAUUGAUGCAGAAUAGGACUUGUGACUAUCCCCAAAAAGUGGGAGCAGAAGAAAUAAAACUGGGUGUUUUUAGGGCCACAGGUCUCCAACUGGAUUUUCAGAGGGUGGGCCCAAAACCAGGCCCGAAGAAGCCAAUUUCCCUCUGCCUUCUUCAGAGGAAUCGUGGGAAAACCUCAUGUCACCUCUGCAGGACCCCCAUCUCCAGUUGUUCACUCACCAACAGCUUUGUGUUUCUUCCACCAGGCUGAGACCCUGCCCUACAGGGUGUGUGCACUUCUACCUGUGCACAUGACAGGAAAGUUCAUUCACACUGCUGCCCAUGGCUACAAUUCAAAUGUAUCCAAUGUCACUGUAAAUUUUAUAGCACUAUUUUUAUUGGAGGACUUGGUCAGAAUGCAGUUGUUGUACAACUCAUAAAUACGAACUGCUGAUUUUGACGUGUGCUCAAAAUGGUCUGGUUGUUAUUUAAUGUACCUCUUAAUUAGUUGAAACAAUUUCAGGUCAACUCUGAAGAGUGUUUGAAAGCAGGACUUCAGAACAGUGUUUGAUUUUUAUUUUAUAAAUUUAAGCAUUCAAAUUAGAUCUUUGGCUGCAGGCAGCAAAACAGCUGGACUUAUUUAAAACAACUUGAGUUAUAUAUAUAUAUUGAUUAUUUGUUUUACACAGAUGCAGUAGCACUUUGGUAAGAGUUUAAGAGUAAAGCAGCUUGUGAUGUCAGGUUGUUCUUAUCUAGAAGAGCUAUAGCAGGUCUUGGAGAAACUCAGAGUAUAUUCAUUUUCAUUUUAGAUAAAACUCCCACCACAAUUCAGUUUCAAUAAAUUAUUCCAUAUCACACUUUUUUGCAGCUAAAUUACCAUCAAAUAUAAGAAAAAUUAAAAAUUAAUUUCUGAAAAGGACCAUUAGCCCAUUUCCCCUGAACAGAACUUAAAUGUUCUUUUCAGCCCAUGUUUCUGUAUAUUACCUGAGAAAAAGAUGAAGGAAAAAAAUUAUAUUUUUCACUUUAAUUCUGGUACCUGAAGAUAUUCCAACUCAAAACCAGCCUAAUACCCUAAGAGGGGAAUCGGAUCAUCUCAUAUUGAAUCUUUACUCGCAAAGCCAUGUGUGGAGAGGGCUUAUUGCUUUGUUGUAGACUCAUUUACUUGGCCAUUCAGAGCUUCACAAACCCUUACCAGCAUAUUACAGUAUUUAAUCAUUUUGGAAAAAAAAUUAGUUGUUUUGAAGAUAGGUCUCACACAAACACAUUUUUGCCCCUGAGGAAUUGCAUUCACUGCCUUCAGGUAAAUUAAGAUAUUGGUAAGACACUUAAGCCAACCAUGUAAUAACUGGAUGUAUCUGGGAGCAUUUGUCCAGGAGAAGAAAGACUGAACACACCAUUUCUACUGCUUAUUCACGCCCUUAUAUAUGAUUGCAACAUGGACACAUAUUUCAGUUCUUUCUGUUUUGCUCACUAUCUGGAAAAGCAUUUCUCUUCCCCUCCCCUCCAAGCUCCACCUUCUCCCUCCUGCAUUCUCCCAUUCUCUGGAAGGAAGUAGCCUGCCCCAUACCAAAUGUCCAGAACACAGGAGGUCCAGUUCUUCUCCCUAUGCAUAAAGAACAGGGUGAGUCAGCCUUUCUCCUGCUUAUGGGUUUCUUCCAGAAGAGAGACAUUGCCAACCAUUUUGGAUCUGCUUGCUGUCCAAAUGCAGCAAGAGAAACCUUCCUCGGCAAAUUACAAUCAGGGAGUAAAGAGCCUUUCUGCUGCCUAAGGUUUCUGGGCAGAUAAACAGAAAUGCUCUGAUUAGAAAGGAAAUGAAUGGUUUCACUCAAACGUCCUGCAAUUUAGGAUUGCAGAUUCCUAUUUCCUUGGGACAUUCCGUCCUGGUGAUUUUUGGUUUUGACGGUUUUUUUGUUUUGUUUUGUUUUUUGUUGUUUUUUUUUUUUUUUAGGGAGAUGACAUGUUUGGGGUCUUUUAUACAUGAAAAAAGAUUGGUUUAACAAUAAUCUCAGACAGAAACGUUUUUUUUUACAUCUGAACAAAAUACCUUUUUGUUUACCUUGGAGUAUACAUUUGUUUGAGGUUUUUUGUUUGUUGGUUUGUUUGUUGGGAAUUUCUUCCCUCCCUUAAGCCAGGUCAGUAUUGAUGAAGCUGAUCAUUUGGCUUGUUUUUUCUUUCCCCCUUCCAGAAGGGUUCAACAAAGUUAAUUGUAUUUAUGUAUGUAAAUAGAUUUUAAGCUUCAUUAUAAAAUAUUGUUAAUGCCUGUAAUAACUUUUUUCAAUUUUUUUGUGUGUGUUUCUAAGGACUUUUUCUUACGUUUGCUAAAUACUAGGGGAAAAAUGCUUCUUUCUAUUUUGUUUAUUUUAGACUUAAAAACAAGCUACUUCUUAUUCACUUUUGUAAACAGCAAAUAGCAUGGUUCCAAUUUUUUUUUUUAAGUUUCACUUUUUGUUCUAGGGGAAAUGAAUGUGCAAAAACAAAAAGAACUGUUGGUUAUUUGUGUUAUUCUGGAUGUAUAAAAAUUAAUGGAAAAAUAAACUUCCAAAUUGAAAUGACAAUAGAACACAUCUAUUGGAGAAACAAUGGAAAACGUAGUUCUACUUAAGCCCCCACCUAGUGUCUGUUUGUGCGACAAUUGUUAGAUCUGGUUACAAGCAUCUGGAAAUUGGUGCGUGGGCUUCUUUCUCCAUGGUACUGACAUUCUGAACAUUUCCUGAAGGGAAUUGCCAAGCUCAGGUCUUCAACCAGAUAAGAUGAGAGAAUACCCCAGAACCCCUCUCCAAGGUGUUUCUAAGUAGCACAGGAGAGUAGGUACUCCAUUGUGCACAGUCCACUGUACACAGUCAGGGUGGGCAGCUGCCCCUCUCCUGGGAGGGUCCAUCAUGCCCAGCCUGUGCAGGGCAGUGGACUGCUGCUGCCCAGGAGCCGUUGCAGCCUUACUUUCUUUGUACCACAAUUUCUUCUGUAAAUCCAAUAUUAUAACUAGUGUGAAUGGCAAAUAAACAAUUUGACAAGUACGU